CGUCGGGUUCGUGGUGUGGAAGAGGAAGGGGCAGCAGGGUUACAGAGCGGCACCAGGCCUCGACCGGGGAAGCGGUGGCUCAGCCGCAGGGAGCGAACGUUCCACCUGAGCACUGUGCUUGCUUCAGCCGGCCCCGCGUGCCGGUGGGGUUUGUGGACGGGCGUAGCUCCGCUUUCUCAGCCUCUGGAAUCUCCUUGGGCUUCCGCUCAGCAGGGGGUUGGAACAGGAUGAUCGUGGAGGUCCUGGUCAGGCCAGGCUGUUCCAUGAUUCCAUGAUUCUAGGAUUCUAGGAUUCCGUGAGUACGUGAUUCUAAGAUUUUAUGAUUCUGUGAAUCCAUGAUUUGAUGAUUCCGUGAAUCCAUGAUUUGAUGAUUCCGUGAAUCCAUGAUUUGAUGAUUCUGUGAAUCCAUGAUUAAAUGAUCCCAUGAUUCUGUGA